AAUUGCUAAAGAAAAUCAGACUCCUCUCUUAUUGUCUGGUUGUUUGAGAAAACCAUAAAAUCCCCCUUUUUAUCCUCCUCCUUUGGCCUUUAGAACACCAAAUCUAACCUGGGUAUUUUGGUUUACCAUGUUCUUUAUAAGGUUUUGAAUCAAUUUCCCCUUCUGGGUCACCUUCAAUUCUUGUCAAAGUUCCAAUUUUCAUCAUCUGGGUACUCUUAGAUCUCCCUUUAAAAAUUUGGGUUCCUUUCUUUUUUUAUUUUUUAUUACCCUCAAAUUUUCAAUGUCACAAGGCUUUUCAAUUGAGCUUUACUUUGACCCAGCUCUUGAAAACCAAGUCUUGAAAGCAUGGAAUGUUUUGGCUCGUCGGCAAAUCAGCACUCAGUUAAUUGAAAUUGAGUCGAGGCCUCACAUUACACUUUUCUCAAGCCCUUUCCUUGACCCUGCCAGGCUUGAAUCUGUUGUAAAGUCCUUUGUUUCAAAGCAGGAGCCUUUACCUCUAUCUUUUUCUUCAUUUGGGACUUUCCCAAAUGAAAAGAAUCAUCUUUUCCUUGCACCAGCUCCAACAAUGGCCCUCCUACAGUUCCAGGCUCAGUUAUGUGAGGCAAUUAAAAAGGAAGGGAUUGAAAUUGGGGAAGAGUUCAAAGCUGACGCUUGGAUUCCCUAUUGUGCUGUAGCUCAACAAGUGCCAAAAACAAGAAUGGCUGAGGCAUUUUGUGUGGUAAGAGAGUUGAAGUUGCCUGUUUCUGGGUAUGCAAUGGAUAUUGGAUUGGUGGAGUUUUCACCUGUUCGUGAACAUUUCUCAUUUGGACUUGGGAAUGCUGUUGAGCCAUGAGAUUUCAAGGGGUCAUUAUGACAGAGCAAAGAAGAUAAACCCAAACCGAAGAUAAAUCUUUUCUUACAAAAUUUGUUGCGGGAUUUGCUAGUCUUGUUCACUAUUUGUUAAAUUUAGUUUAGUGCAGAGUAUAACUUCUGAUGUAGAGUCGUGAUGGUAUGUCUAGUUGGCUACAUACACAUUGCUGGAUCCCGAACCAUGCAUUUCUCACCCCGAUUGCUGCAGCUAACACGCUUUCAAUGGAAAUGCAUUCAAAUCAUAUGGAAGUGACUUACAGAGCGAUACAAUUUGCUAUAGAUAGGUUGUGUUAUUCGUAGAUAUUUGAGUUCCAUUCCUUCUUGAAAGUGUUGAUAGGCGAGAGAAUCAUCUUUCACAUUUACACUUAACCUGACUUUCAUUACCAGAUUUUGAUAUUGUUUUGUUUAUGUUUUUGCAUUCCACGAUUUGAUGAAAGCCAAUAAUUGUGUUGCUUUUCAUUAUGACCCUUGAAUAUUUUUGCUAAAUCGAUUCUUUUCUGGCAUAAUCCUGGAUUGGGACCAUCUUAAUAGUGAUUUUCAAGUUCCUUGCU